AUGUUGAUUGGUGAAUGGUCAGCGUGCAAUCAUUUUAAUAACCCUGGUCGCAAUGGUGAUUUUACUAAAGCCGAGGUCAAUGUCUAUAACCAAGCUUCAUUGGGCUGGACAUUUUGGUCCUGGACUGGUGGACAGUCAGCCACAGCACCGAUCUCUGCGCAAAGCCAGUGCGAGAAGGAUAGGUUGGCUAAUGUGAAAUCAGGUAAAACAAAAGUAGUUGGGCCCAAUAUUGGCAGUUGGCUAGUGUUGGAGGCAUGGAUGGCCGGCAAUGUCUGGGACAGUAACGGCGUACCGCCUGUUCAUAGUAAAACAAAAGUACGUGGAUCCAAUUUGGGCAGUUGGCUAGUCAUGGAGUCAUGGAUGGCACCCCAACCCUGGGAUGAAAAUGACUGUAACAAAGGCACCCAAGGAGGCAGCUACCUCCUUGAAAAGUGUCUGGGUAACAUAGCACCUGCUGUUUUACAAAAACAUUGGUCAACUUUUAUCACUGAAAAUGACUUUGCUGAGAUGUCCAAACAUGGUGUCAAUGUUGUACGCGUACCUAUUGGUUGGUGGCAGAUUUAUUUAUACCUUAAUAUCUACGACCCGCAAGGUGGUGCGAGUAAAGCCAAACUAAACUACCACAUCACACCCACUGAUUAUCACGUGGGUGGUCUGGCUUACAUUGAUAAGGCUUUUGAAUGGGGUCAAAAGUACGGUAUCGGUAUCUUACUGGGAAUGCACGCCGCACCUGGAUCUCAAAAUGGCAAUGACCAUUCAUCACCCGCUGAACAUCCUGGUCAAAUCAACUGGGACAAAUACCCGGCUAAUAUUGGCCAAACUGUAGAGUCUAUGGAAUUAUACGCUCAAAGAUACGCUGAAAAAGAGGCCUUAUUUGGUUUCUGUCUGCUCAAUGAGCCAGCACAUAUUGACAUCGGAAAGUUGCAAGAUUACUAUAACCGAGCCUACGCUGCCGUACGUAAACACUCGGCCGACUCACACAUAGUGCUAAACCCGUUGAUCACCCCUUUCGAGUCGGGCACUGAGUCUCAUUGGACAGGCUUUAUGAACCCGGACCAGGGUUUCACCAAGGUAGCCAUGGACCUGCACUACUAUUCAUGCUUUGGUGGAGGUGCCGAUCAGACUAACCCCGAUGGUGCUAUUGGUUAUAUAAACUGGGAUAGAAAAAAUCAAAUUGCCGAUUAUCAUGCUAAAAAUCCCAAGCAAAUGUUGAUUGGUGAAUGGUCAGCGUGCAAUCAUUUUAAUAACCCUGGUCGCAAUGGUGAUUUUACUAAAGCCGAGGUCAAUGUCUAUAACCAAGCUUCAUUGGGCUGGACAUUUUGGUCCUGGACUGGUGGACAGUCAGCCACAGCACCGUGCUUCAUAUAA